AAUGUCGAUCAAUACAUUCGAUUAUAUUUUGACGAAGAUUCAUUCAAAACUGGAAAAGUGUUGGACAAAUUUUGUUGUUAAUCCCAUAACGCCAUGUGAAAAACUUAUUCUAACUUUGAGAUAUUUAGCAACGGGGGCUUCGUUUACUUCAUUGUCGUAUUCAUUUAAAAUUGGAAGGACUACAGUCUCCGUUAUUGUAAAGAAAACAGUCAAGGCACUUUGGGAGGAGUCGCAGCCAAAGCACAUGCCACAGCCAUCAAAAGAAAUGAUUACCGAUAUAGCUGAUGACUUUUGGAAAUUGUGGAACUUCCCAAAUUGUGCUGGGGCUAUUGACGGAAAACACAUUCGUAUUCAGUGUCCACCUCAUUCUGGAUCCAUAUUCUACAAUUACAAAAAAUUUUUUUCUGUUCUUCAAGGAGUGGCUGAUUCAAACUGCAAAUUCAUUGCAAUUGAAGUUGGAGGAUAUGGAAAACAAAGUGAUGGUGGCACUUUUAAUGCAUCACAGUUUUAUCGUCAACUUAAAUCUCGUCAAUUUAUGCCUCCAGAUACUAAUUUGCCUGGAUCAAGUAUUAAAGUGCACUACGUUUUUGUAGGCGAUGAAGCAUAUCCGCUAUUGGAAACUCUGUUAAGGCCAUACUCAAGCCGCACUAUUAAUGCUGAAAGAGAGUAUUUCAACAAGCGACUCUCCCGAGCUCGCAGGUGCAUUGAAUGUGCUUUUGGAAUUAUGACUUCCAAAUGGCGUUUGCUCUGGAAGCCAAUUGAAACCGAUCCAGAUUUCGUCGACAUUAUUGUAAAGGCAAUUUGUAUUCUGCAUAAUGCAAUUAUUGACCUUGAGGGAAGUCCCAAAGUCAAUCAAGACACACACACACAAGCAAUGAAAAUAAUGGAAGUGAAGAGUUAUUUCACCCAACAAGUUACAGAUCUGGACAACUUGUUCGUGAUGCCUUUUGCAGUUUUAUGUGUACAAAUAGGCCUUGAUAUUAAAAAUCCACAAAUAUAAUAUAAGCAAAACUUA